AAAAAAGGUUAGUUACUCCUUUUUGUUGGUGGAACACAGUGGACUGGAGACAUAAGAAAUGAAGAUGAGAGAUUUUCUUAAAUCUCCAAUCCAAGUAGUGGCCUUUUUAUUUUUGAAAGGCCAAGUUGUGUCCUUUAAAAAAUUAUUAUAAAUCUUCUAUGGAUAUGGAAAUAAUGCAGGUGUUUUCUGGUGUAGUGAUUUGAGCAAUUACAGUGAUAUUUUGUGAAGUGACGGCUUUGCUAACUGCUAGCUAUUCACUACCAGUCUACCACUCCACUAUAACAACACUCAAAAUUCCUUUUUUUUUCUCCCAAAAAGAAAAAGGCAAUCCAAAAUCACUAUCAUGGCUUCCCAGGUCGAUGGCACACCCCUCCUCGAAAAUACCCAGGAUGAAGAUACCAGACUGUAUGCAGGUGACGGUUCAGUGGACAUUCGCGGGAGGCCUGUUCUUAAAAAUAAUACUGGGAAAUGGAGAGCAUGUUCUUUCAUUCUAGGUACUUUUUUCUGCGAGCGCCUUGCCUUCUAUGGCAUUUCGACGAAUCUUGUCAGUUAUCUAAUUGAAAAACUACACAAAGGAAAUGUCUCUGCAGCAAGAAGUGUUACUACUUGGCAAGGAACUUGCUAUCUUACACCUCUAAUUGGAGCCAUCUUAGCAGAUACCUAUUGGGGUAGAUAUUGGACAAUUGCAGUUUUCACCACAGUUUAUCUAAUUGGAAUGUCUGCCUUAACUCUUUCAGCAUCAGUUCCAUCAUUGAAGCCUGCUGAAUGUAUAGGUUCUGUAUGCCCUUCAGCUACUCCUGCACAGUAUGCCAUAUUCUUUUUCGGGCUCUAUAUGAUUUCACUUGGGACUGGUGGGAUGAAACCUUGUAUUUGGCCUUUCGGGGCAGAUCAAUUUGAUGAUACUGAUCCUAGAGAAAGAGUAAAGAAAGGAACCUAUUUCAACUGGUUUUACUUUUCUCAAAACAUUGGGGCCAUAAUAGCAAGUAGCUUAUUGGUAUGGAUUCAAGACAGGGUUGGCUGGGGCCUAGGAUUUGGAAUCCCCACCUUGCUUAUUGGCAUUGCUAUUGCAAGUCUGUUCUCGGGCACGCUUGUAUACAGAUUACAGAGAGCAGGAGGAAGCCCUUUAACAAGAAUAUGCCAAGUUUUUGUUGCAGCAUUCUAUAAGAGGAGACUGGAUGUGCCAGAGGAUAGUGGCGUCCUUUAUGAAACGCAAGACAAAAGCUCGAUUAUCAAAGGGAGUCGCAAACUGGAGCAUAGCGAUGAACUGAGGUGCCUAGACAAGGCUGCUUUGGUCUCAGAAAUGGAGACUGAAAGUGGGGAUUACUCUAAUCCCUGGAGACUUUGCACUGUCACACAAGUUGAGGAACUGAAGAUUUUGAGCCGAAUGCUUCCAAUUUGCGCAACUGGAAUUAUCUUUUCAGCUGUUUUUGCCCAAAUGCCAACCUUGUUUGUAGAACAAGGAAAGAUGAUGGAUAAAACUCUGGGGUCAUUCUCAAUUCCAGCUGCCUCUCUUUCACUUUUCAAUCACAUUAGUGUCAUUAUCUUGGUACCAAUCUAUGACAGACUGAUUGUCCCUAUAGCAAGGAAGUACACAGGUAAAGAAAGAGGCUUCUCGCAGUUGCAACGAAUGGGAAUAGGCCUUUUCAUUUCGAUUCUCUGCAUGUCUGCAGCUGCCAUAGUAGAAAUUAAGCGACUAGAACUUGCGAGAGAGCUCGGGUUAGUUUACAAGGAUGUUGUUGUGCCUGUCAGCAUAUUUUGGCAAGUUCCUCAGUAUUUCUUGCUGGGUUCUGCAGAGGUGUUUACUUUCAUUGGGCAACACGAGUUCUUCUACGAGCAAGCACCAGAUGCCAUGAGGAGUUUAUGCAGUGCAUUUUCUCUGCUAACAAAUUCUUUAGGGAACUAUCUUUGCUCAUUGGUUUUGACCAUUGUGACUUACAUGACAACACAAGGUGGUAAGCCUGGAUGGAUUCCUGAUAAUCUGAAUGAAGGGCACCUUGAUUACUUCUUCUGGCUUUUGGCUGGACUUAGUUUCUUAAACAUGUUGGUGUACAUUGUUUUUGCAAGAAAAUAUAAGGAGAAGAAAACUUCUUGAUUGUGGGGGAUGAGAUUCAUAAGGCAUUGUUUGUAUAAUUCAUUAGUAGAAGGUUUAAUGUAUAUUGUGAAAGUAAAAUUCAUUAGAGGGCCAAUACUCAAUAGGGGCACAUACAAUUGUUGAGAAACAUUAUGCAUAAUGUGAUUAUAUAUAUUUUAGAAAA